AUGCUGAACAAAGCGCUUCGCGUUCAGAACCUUGACAUUCUCUUCGCAUAUCGAUUUCUCAUCACCGAUAUUCACAAUCAGCUCAUAAAAGAAUCGUCUAACACAAAUAUCAGUCGAUUAUAUCGAGGUCAAAUGAUAUCAAAUGAUGAACUUGAUCGCAUUCGUUCAAGUACUGGUGAAUUUAUCUCGAUAAACUCCUUUCUAUCCACAACUCGUAUUGAGAAGAAGGCAACUGAAUUUGCUCAAAGUGCUAAAUGUGAAGAUCUUGAAUGUGUUCUCUUCAAAAUUAAAGUCGACAAUCAGAUAAAAGCAAAACCCUUCGCCGACAUCUCCCGAUUGAGUUAUUUCCUUGGUGAGGAAGAAAUCCUUCUUAUGCUCGGUUCGAUCUUUCGACUUGAAAGUGUUCACUAUGACAAAGAACAGCAUAUGUGGGUGGCUGAUUUAGAUUUAUGCAACGAAGAUGACCAUGAUCUGAAAGAAGUAUUUGCCCACAUGAAGAAAGAGAUGGGGAGUGAAACUACUCUCAUUUCACUUGGAGAUUUGUUCCGUGAGAUGGGUGAAUUGGACAAGGCCGAAAAGUAUUAUAAACGAUUGUUAAGUGAACUGACAGUGGAUGAUUCUAGUAUUGCCAACUGUUACAGAGGACUGGGUAUUGUACACCAGAACAAAGGUGAAUAUGAUUUAGCUUUGAUGAAUUAUGAAAAAGCAUUGAAAAUCAGACUAAAAGCACUUCCACCCGAUCACCCUGAUAUCGCCUUAACAUACCGUAAUAUAGGACUUCUGCAUGAAGCAACUCGUACUUGGCAAUCAGCCUUAGAGUAUCACAGCAAAGCAGCAGAAAUAAGACGCAAGUCACUUCCAACAACGCAUCCACAGCUAGUAAUCACUGAGAACGACAUUCGAAGAGUGAAAGCUCAGUUAAAGUAG